GAAUACAACUUGAAAUCAUAUAAACAAUCAUUACAAUCCCAAAUUUCACCAGAAUUCGCAUCCAAUGUUUUCAAUCCUGCAGCUGAUUUCUAUGAGAAGACUUCAAAUACUCAACCUUCAAUAAUUUCAAUCUCUUUACUGAUCCUUGAUAUUCUGAAAAGACAUCAUGAUAUCGAUCUAAUAAGUAAAGGUGGCAUAGAUUACGUUAUGGGACAUUCACUAGGUGAAUUCGCUGCAUUGGUGGUUAAUGAUGUGUUUAAACAUCAUCCUGACGAAAUUUUAUGGUUAGUUCGUCAAAGAGGUUUAUUAAUGGAACAAGCAUUAAGUCAUUCACCGGAUAAAUUUAAAAUGAGUGCAUUGGUAUUUCCAGCUAUGAACUUUGAUGAUGUGGAGGUUUUAUUGAAAGAUUCUCUAAAAGAGGUUGGAACUGUUGGUGUUGCCAAUAUUAACAAUCCUCAACAAAUUGUUAUAUCUGGGGAGGAAAAAGAAGUUGAUCAAGUGGUUCAAUUGAUCAAAGAUAAGUCUAAUAUCAAGAGAAGAUUAAGAGUUUUCCCAUUACAAGUUACAACUCCUUUCCAUAAUCCUCUGUUGGAAAGUUCCAAAAUCAAAUUCAAUCACAUCAUUGAAGAGAAAUUCAAUAUUGAGAGAGAUCAACGUUUGAAGAUCCCAAUCUUGUCAAAUCUAACAGGGAAACCUGUCUAUACACAUGGUGAAGCACUUGAUAAUUUCAUUGAAGAUUUCAUAAAUCCUGUCCAGUUCAAAAAAUCAAUCGAGUAUGUUAUUGAUGAAUCGAACGAUGAUUUGCAUUUUAUAAAUAUAGGGCCAAAUGCAUCAAUUAAUCAAAACUCUGUAACAAAAACAGAUGUUUCCAAAAAAGUUUCAUCAAAUACACCUGUUGGAACAGUUGAAGAAAUUAAAGCAUUUGUUGAAGCUUAUGAGAAAUGA